AUGGAAUCUCGACACAAACCUCCCACUGCUAAAAACGGAAACACGUAUGUGUGGGACAUUCAAGCCAUCCUCAAGGAAGAUGGCCUUGAAGCCCUCCUCCAACCACUAUCUAAUGUCCCAGCUCGAAUGAACAGCAAUGCUACUCGACGUCCACCUAUCCAGGCCCGUCGAAUACCACCAGCCUUUUUCGAUGGCCUACAAAAUGGCCCCCAGUCAUCCGCAACACGUAGUACCCAUCGUUCUCCCGCUCGCAGCACUCUGGCACCUCUUCUCAAACAUUUUUUAUCCCUUUUCCACCACUCUCACUCGAAUGUUGAUGAAGCAACCGAUCUCCAGCAACGCCCAAGGUGGUCGAUCCUCUCUCGUGGUCCUCGUAUCGUCGAAGUGGCUGCAGUAAAGGACAGAGAGGUUAUAUUCACUGCUCCCCCACCGCCAGAAAAAACGCAGCAGCAGACCCAAUCGCACGCCCAGGAAUCAUCUACGACACAGCCUGCUCCAGGUACUAAUCCUACUACACCACGUCGCAGAUACCCACUACCCGUCCGAUUAUUGGCUCAUCUCGUGCUUUUUUGUUGCUGUGCAUCACCUCAGCACGCUAAUGAAAAUGCACAACGAACACAGCAGCAAAGCCAAGUCCAUGCCCAGGCGUCAUCAUUACAGACUCAGUCUACUGCCGCCUCGACAUCCGCUCCUGCGACUAUUCCUACCGCGCUAAGCGCAGCAAGCGCGUAG